AUGAAGACAGGCAUCCUGGCCUGGGACUUCACUCGCCUGAUGCCCAGUUUUAUCUCCCCAGUUCCAUGUCUCCUUUCAGAGUGGUCGGGAGCCCUUGUGUCAGAAAGGAGGACUCCUGAAUCUGGUACCAGGGCCAUUGAACCAGAGCUGGCCUUCCAGGUCCUGAGGUCUCCUAACCUAUCUUGCACACUCUUCACUAACCGUUGCCCUUGGGGUCUCUGCAGAGCAAACUUGGUGGAUCUCCAGAAGAAGCUAGAGGAGCUAGAGCUUGACGAGCAGCAGAAGAAGCGUCUAGAAGCCUUCCUCACCCAGAAGGCCAAGGUUGGGGAGCUCAAGGAUGAUGACUUCGAAAGGAUCUCAGAGCUGGGAGCCGGGAACGGCGGGGUGGUCACCAAGGUCCAGCACAGACCUUCAGGCCUCAUAAUGGCAAGAAAGCUGAUUCACCUGGAGAUCAAGCCGGCCAUCCGGAACCAGAUCAUCCGCGAGCUACAGGUGCUGCAUGAGUGUAAUUCCCCAUACAUUGUGGGCUUCUACGGGGCCUUCUACAGCGAUGGGGAGAUCAGCAUCUGCAUGGAGCACAUGGACGGUGGCUCUCUGGACCAGGUGUUGAAAGAAGCCAAGAGAAUUCCAGAAGAAAUCCUGGGGAAGGUCAGCAUUGCGGUUCUACGGGGCCUGGCGUAUCUCCGGGAAAAGCACCAGAUCAUGCACCGAGAUGUGAAACCAUCUAACAUCCUCGUCAACUCCAGAGGGGAGAUCAAGCUGUGCGAUUUUGGGGUGAGCGGGCAGCUCAUCGACUCCAUGGCCAACUCCUUCGUGGGAACUCGAUCCUACAUGUCUCCAGAGCGAUUGCAAGGCACUCACUACUCUGUGCAGUCGGACAUCUGGAGCAUGGGCCUGUCCCUGGUGGAGCUGUCCAUCGGAAGGUACCCCAUCCCCCCACCAGAUGCCAAGGAGCUGGAAGCUAUAUUUGGCCGGCCCAUGGUCGAUGGGGCAGAAGGAGAGCCUCACAGCAUCUCACCUCGGCCAAGACCCCCCGGACGCCCCAUCAGUGGUCACGGGGUGGACAGUCGACCAGCUAUGGCUAUCUUUGAACUCCUGGACUAUAUUGUGAAUGAGCCUCCUCCUAAGCUGCCCAGUGGCGUCUUCACCCAGGACUUCCAGGAGUUUGUGAGUAAAUGCCUAAUUAAGAACCCAGCCGAACGAGCAGAUCUGAAGAUGCUCAUGAACCAUGGCUUCAUCAAACGGUCCGAGGUGGAAGAAGUGGAUUUUGCUGGCUGGUUGUGUAAAACGCUGCGUCUGAACCAGCCCAGCACGCCCACGCGUACCGCUGUGUGAUUCUGCUGGUGACCUGUCCAAAUCCUGUCCACCGCCCUUCCCACCCAGGACAGACCAGCUCCUCCCCUCCCUCUCCCACCGAGCCUCCGACAACGUGCACGCAGCGGAACAUUCACUUCCUCUUCCACCUGUCACAGCCUCAGGCUCUCUGGUCUCUGGGGAAGGGUGAUGCUGCCCAUGUUGUUGUCUCAGAACCUGCUUACUUAGGUUUAAAAAAAAAACAAAAAACAGGGAAACAAAAAGCAAACUGAACCCAU